AUGGAGAACAGCGUGUUUCUGCCUUUUGAAUUGAUUAUCGAAAUUCUGUUGAGGUUACCGGUGAAGCCUCUAUUGCGUUUCAGAUGUGUCUGCAAAUCAUGGCUUUCUCUUAUUUCUAGUAAUAAUUUUGCUACUUCACAUUUUGAACAUGCUGCCACACACAGACGUCUCCUCAUAAAACGUUCUGCUCUUCAACCUUUAUCUAUAGAUCUUGAUUUUAUCCGUUCCCAACGUUGUGUUGAAGUUAGAGGUUGUUGUAGAGGGUUUCUGUGUUUCUACAAUGGCACACACAUCUAUCUAUUGAAUCCAUCCACCGGUUUGAUCAAACAAAUACCGGAUUCUCCUACAAUACUUAAUCAUCGUUACGAACUUCUUUCUGGUUUUGCAUAUUACCAGCCCACUGAUGAUUACUUGAUAGUUUCUGGGUUCAGCGAAGAUGAUGAUGCACCGGUAACUAGUCCAAUUAAAUUGAUGAUUUUCUCAUUGAGAGCUAAUAAGUGGAAACCAAUUGAGGUUGCUUCUCAUUUGCCUUAUAGGGAGACUUCUGUAGCGGAAUGUACCCCUAAAUGCGGGUUGUUCUUGAAUGGAUCUAUCCAUUGGAUGGUUCAUAAUUAUGAGACCUCAAAGAAUGUUAUUAUUGCCUUUGAUUUAAAGGAAAUGACGAUAUCAAAGAUAGCUCUGCCAGAUGAUUUUAUUUUCAGUUAUAGUCAUAAUUAUUCUAUAUAUUAUGAAUUGUUGGAAGUUAGAGGACUUAUCAGUGCAUGGGUGAAGGACCUGAAUACAGUAAAGAUAUGGGUGAUGCAAAAAUAUGGAGUUCACUCAUCUUGGACUAAGAUUAUUCAAUUUUCUCUCGAUCCUGUUUUGCACAAAGAUUUAUACAUAGCAUGCUUAACAAAGUGCGGUGAUAUUGUUGGAAUAAAUGAUGUAGAUGGAUUGGUGAAGUUGAAUGAUAAAGGACAGCUACUAGAGUCUCUGCUUUUUGACGGAUACGCAUUGGUCGUGUAUACAGAGUCUUUGUUUUCAUUCCCCGGCACCGGUCAAACUUAA